AUGGCUCCUGUUGGUACUACACCAGAUUACAUAGGAUAUGGAUACGCCGCGCUCCUAGCUUUGGGAGGAAUAAUGGGAGGAGUGAAGAGGGGGUCGAAGAUCUCUUUGGUUGCUGGUGUAGGAUCUGCCAUCGCAGCUGGAUAUGGAGCUAAUCGAGUAUCAGAAAACCCAGCCGAUGUUGUCCCAUCUUUAGUCACCUCGUCCGCUUUGCUAUUACUUAUGGGAUAUAGGUUCUAUCAAGGUAGGAAGUUCAUGCCUGCUGGAUUAGUCGCUACGUUAUCGCUUUUAAUGGUGAUUAGAUAUUACAAUCUCAAACUUUGA